CUAAACGCCGUCAUAUUCUAUAUUAUGCUUCCACUUAUAAAUAACCUACGGUCCUCCAUGUGUCUUGUCCUCUGUCUCUUCCAAACAUAACCAGGAGCUUCGUACCAGUUUUGAAUAUUUUGGGUUGUUCUCGUAUUAAAAAAGGAGAAAUCGGCCAAAAAAACACUGAACUUUGCGGGAAUUGCCAAAAGAAACCUGUACUCGAACCUGACCAAUAAAACCCCGAUUUUUUGUUGACGUUUUUAGUUAAUUCACAAACUUACGGUUGACUAACCAAAUUAACACACCGUUAACCGACAGUUAAGACAGUGUUAACUCACCGUUAAUUAUUGCCGUUUAGUGAAACUACGUCGUUUCAUUCAGUUGUUUUGUUAAACACAAAAUCUCAAGACGACGUCGUUUUGCUUAAUUAAAAUUGUUGUUGCUGCCUGGACUCGAACCCGUGCACUCGUGGUCGUAAGGGGGUAUUGCCACUGAGCUAGUGGACUUUUCGGAAGGUUAUCACACAUGUUUAUUUUUAUUGAUCAAAAGAUGUGUUUGAUUGCAAUCAAACAAAAUGAAACCCGUGUUUGAACGUAACCCUAAUUUCUCAAAUCGAUUUGGGGAUUUCUCUUGUAGAGAUGGUAAAGACGAAGUUCACAAGGAAUGGAAAGGAGGUAAUGAUUUUCGGAGCGAUGAGGAAUUUCGAUUACGGGAGUGACGAAGCGGUUCAAGAGUCGAAGAAGGGUGGAGAACGCGAUGCUUCUGUGAGUUUGCCAUCGCUGGAGAGAUCGAGGAUUCGUAAAAGCGUUGAAGGGAUAUCGAUGUUGGCAUCUACAGAGGUGUCGAAGGCGUCGAAGACUAGGCGGGGAACUUCAUAUGGGUCGCCUGCGUCAUCUCCGGAGAAGACCACGAGGAGGGGAACUUCAUAUGGGUCGCCUGCGUCAUCUCCGGUGAAGGCCACGAGGCGUGGUUCAACUCUGUCUCCUAGAGUUUCGAAGAAGCAGAAGGUAAAUGUGGCUCCUUCUGGUGAUGACAGAGAAGAAUGGCCAGAGACUGAGAUGUUGGCAUCAACAGUUGCGAAGAAGACAAGGCGGGGAACUUCAUCUGGCGGGUCGCCUGUGUCUCCUAGACAAUCGAAGAAGCAGAAGGUAAACUCGGAGAGGAGUCUAGGUGAUGAUGGUGAUGACAGAGAAGAAUUUCUCCAGAUUGAGGAAUUUGGGGAUAUAGGUGAUGAUGGUAGGGAAGAUGAGAACGGUAUUGCUGGCAUUGAGGAAGUUGGUUGUACAGAUUUGAGUCUUUAUUUUGGUGAUAAAGCAAAAAAUGAUGACUGUGAGGUUGAUGAAGACGAAGGCGAUGAUGAUGCAUGGGAUGAUGAUAAAAUCCCUGAUCCUCUGUCAUCAGAUGAUGAGAAUGAAGAGGAGAUGAGACCUGCGCAAGCUUACAGAGAAGACACUGAUCCAGAGGAGCUCCUUCAGCUAGGCAAGACAUUUUCAGAUGCUGAGGACUUCAAACAUGCUUGUCUGAGGUAUACCCUGAAAACCAGAUACAACAUCAAGUACUACAGAUCCAGUAGCUUGAAGAUGGGUGCAAAAUGUGCCGCUGAGAUGAGAGAUGAUGAGGCUCCUUGUCCCUGGAUGGUCUACUGUUCGUAUGAUAGGAGGAAACAGAAGUUGAUGGUAAAGACAUACGUCAAUGACCAUAAGUGUGAGAGGACAGGGUAUUCGAAGAUACUUAAGAGGUCAGCAAUUGCAAGUCUAUUUGCUGAGAGGUUAAGGCUGAAUCCUAAGCUCACGGCAAAGGAGAUACAAUCUGAGAUAUUGAGGGAGUAUAAGAUGGAAGUUUUAGAAAACUCAUGCAUUAAGGCCAAGACGAAGGUGAUGAAAGAAAGGAGGAAGACCCAUGAGGAGCAUUUUGAUAAAAUCUGGGAUUACCAAGAGGCAGACCAAGGAAAUAUCAGGGACUACACUUUGGCGAGUCACAAGCUCAAUCCUCAGAAGCUCAAACCUCACAAAAUCAAUCCUCACAAGCUCAAGCAUCACCAUGGGAAGUUCCUCAAUCUUCAGAAGGUCAAUCCUCACAAGCUGAAGCAUCACAGACAGCAUCGUGGGGAAGAUGGUUGUUUUAGAUGCUUGUGUGUUGUUUAUGAUGGUCUCUUUCUGAAUGCUUUCGUUGUCUGUUGUUUAUGAUGGUGUCUCUGUCUGAAUGCUUUUGGAACAAGAACUACCUUUUUCUUUCUUCUUUUCCUGCUGUUUUAAUUUGAAACUCUCAAUGAAGAUAGUCUUGGUUAUUA